GCUUCCUUUUUCUGUGGGAUAUCCUUGGAUCCGACAUUUCCCAGGAAUUCUCCCCUGAUAGUUCCUCAUCCUCGGGGUGAAGCACACAAAAACUUCCUGUUACCCACAAAAUGAGUCAUAACAGUAGUCACACACAGCCCAUGGAUUCCCUCGCUUUGCUCUGUGCCCGCCGCAUCGUCACCCACCACCCUCUUCCUGCCGUUCCUGCCCAUCUCUAUCCCAUCCUUUUCCAAGCGGCAUUCCUGGAUGGGAGACCCCUGGUCCUGCGAGAUUUGGUGGUCGCUUGGCCUUUCUCAGAGCUCCACUUCCAGCGGCUCCUUGGGCACCGCAAGUUGCUCCGGGAUAAUUCCUGCAAGGACUGCGUCCAGGCUGUCAUCCAGGCUGUGGUGGAGCAGCUCCAGCAGGAUGUGGAAGAGCCCGGCUGCCAUCCCAGGUUGCACGUGCUGGACAUGACCGGACUAUGGGAUACUGUGUUGCCAAGGGCUGGGCGUACCAGUUGGUUCACCACGCGUGUUUUGGCUGAGGCUUGCAUGGAGGUGUCCAAACACCAGCAGGAAUUCCAGAGGCGUGGAUUCAAGCAGCACAAAGGCCUCUCUGGAAUUGUCAGAGGCAUGGCCGCUCCAUAUCCCCCGGGCGUGGACGUCCAUAUCGACCUGUGUAUCGAUAGAAGUACCUACGAUACCGUGCACGAGGGGCUCCAGGCCGGGGCCGCCGCCCUGCUGCGCCUCAAAUGCCACAAGUUUGUAACAGAAGACAUUCCGGCAUCCAAGAUUGUGCCUUUGUUGGAAUUGCUGGAUCCAUCCUGUCUGUGGAGGGUGAAAAUCUGUUUCACCAAUUUAGGAUUGAAGGGGCUCUCGGAGAUCCUGCCUCACCUAUCGCGCUUCCCGGAGCUGCGCAGCCUCAAGCUCUGGCUCUGCAAAGUGGACCUGCAACACCUGACGCCGGAAUCGGCCAUCGAAAUCCGCUGUGUGUCCCAGCAGCUGGGAAUGUUGGCCAGCCUCCACGAGGUCAACCUGGGCUGCUCCAUGCUCUCCGCGAAUCUGCGCCAGAUCCUCUGGGACCUCCAAGCUCCAUUGGAAAGCUUGGAAUUGGCCUACUGCUCCCUCGUUCCCACCGACCUCGCCUUCCUCUCCCAAAGCUUCCAUGCUCCAGCCCUCAAAAGGUUGGAUCUGAGCGGCCACGACUUCUCCCAAGGCCUCCUGGAGCCGCUCCGGCUGCUCCUGGAGAAAACCUCGGCCUCGCUGCUGCACCUGCAUCUUGCGGAGUGCUGCAUGGACGACUCCAACCUGCAUGCGCUGAUCCCUACGCUCCUGCGCUGCUCCCGCCUGCGCUUCCUGGAACUCUACUUCAAUCCCCUGUCCAUGGCCGCUCUCAAGGAUCUGCUGCAGAAAACCUUAGAGCUUCCGGAUCUCCAGAUGGUUGUGUAUCCUUACCCCACGGAGUGCCACAAGCUGGACCCAUCACAAUUCUGUUGGGGUGAACAGGUCGUCGAUAAGGAACUUUUGGCGGCAGCUGCCGCGGAGAUUUCCCAGCUGCUGGAGAAUUCCGGGAGAACUGAGCUCAUCUGGACUUAUGAUCCUGAUGACCACAGAGCCCUGGAAUACUAUUCCCUGUGAUUUGGGAAAACCUCAGAGGCAGGAAAAUCUCGGAGCCUCCAUCAAGAAAAAGCGCCACCGCCUCCUUCCCAAAAUCUGGGCAUUUUCCACCUCAUCCCGCUGCUUUUCUGCCUCAUUCCAGUGGAUUUUUCCUUUCAUUUCGAUGCUUUUCUAUUGACAAUUGAGAGACAGACGGGUACUACUGACUCGUGAUCAGAAUCCCAAUUUUACUCUGAGCUACCUAUGCUUAUAUCCCAUUUUCAGGAGGGCUAGUAAUUUUUUACUGCCUUCAUUGGGUUAAAAAUCACAGAGAUAAACUUCACAUUUCUACUUUGUUCCAUCGUCUUCCCUCUCGCCAGUCUCGAUCCAACCUCCUUGUAAUCUUCCAAGCUCUGUUUGCUCUUGCCAAGGCAUCGCGGUUAUCAAACUGCACAUGCUAAUUCAAUGCACAGCGCUGUCAGUCCCAGUUACUGCACUUUCCUGACUGCUUUUGUUGGUUUUCUGAACAGUUCCAAUAUUUUCACAGGUGUAUUCGAUUUUCUGCCAUGUUCUGAGGUUUUUUCCAUCCCAUUCUGAUAUUUUCCCCUCAUCUCCGUAUUUUUCAGCCUCAUCCCAGUGUUUUCCGCCAUUUAAUUACUUUUCCCCAUGUUUUUUCAGCCCAGUUUUUUCUACUGAUAUUUUUAUACAUCGGCCCGGUAUUUUCCCAUCCCAUUUCAUGAUUUUCCAUCUCAUCCUGGUGCUUUUUCUGCCAGGGUUGGCUUUGCACAGCCAAUUUCCAGAAGGUUCUAGGGGCAGAUUCCAUGGGAAGCUUCCAGAAGCUUCUCCCGUGUUUGGCCAAUCCUGUUGGGAACAUAGGCAGUGCCUCUGGAGUAAGAAUUGAGUCAGAGAAAACCAAUCAUAGCACAGCUGGAAUUCUGGGUCAGGAAUUUCAGAAAGGAACGACUCUGGAGAUGAUUCCAAGGUGCUGGUGUAGAAAUUCCCAAAAUUCUGUGGUGCAUCCAAUCCAAAGGGACCUCAUCCUGGAGCUGCAUCUUGGGAGGGACCUGUGGAUCCAUGAAAAGAGGAACACGUUCCUGGCAGGGAUCCAGCGAAGGAAUAAUACUUUGGAGCAGGAUAUUCUCGACAUAUUGACCCCUUGGAGAAGUCCAGGAGGAAUUGUCUUCCCCAGGAAUGACACAGUGGAGAAAUCCAUGGAAAACCCGCUGUGGGAUGGAUGGCCUUUCAUUGGAAAAUGCAUUGAAAACUGACCUUGGGAUGGAUUGCCAUUGGAGAAAUCCAUGGAAAACUCCCCUGGGAUGGCCCCGGCUCCCAGCGCUGCUGGAGGCAUUGAGGGAAAGCCGGGAAAGAGUGAACUGGGGGAGGGAAAAGCUGGGUUUGGGGUCUUGUUAUCCUGUUCUGAUCCCGUUGGAAAUAAACUCAUCCUCUCCCAGAG